AUGGUGAGUCUUCCAGACGAAAACAAAAAGUCCAACAAGAAGUUUGGCAUUGCUGCUGUGGCGGCUCUUGUGUUGGCAAUAGUUUUGGCAUUCACUGAUGUUGCUGGUUAUGCACGGAUUGCAGUGACUCCAAUUACAUCGGAGCACUGCCCAAUUCUCGAUAUCUACAGACCCAAGUCAUUUUACGAGGACAAUUCCACCGUGGUGGAGAUUUUGACUGGGGAGAAGUUUUUCAAGGCUGCUACCGAAAGAAUGUCCCAGGCGGUUCAGGUGGACACGCAGAUCUACGACAAUCCUCCCACAGUUGAGGACGACCCAGAGUACUGGACCAAAUUUAUCAAGUUCCACGAAUACUUAAAAACCGCUUUUCCAGCCGUCCACGAGCACUUGGAGGUGGUCAAGAUCAACACAUACAGUUUAGUUUACAUCUGGAAGGGCUCCAAUCCUGACCUUAAGCCCUUGAUGUUGGCUGCACACCAAGAUGUUGUUCCUGUUCAGGAAGAUACUCUCAAGAAUUGGACAUAUCCUCCAUUUUCAGGACAUUUCGAUGGUGAAAAGGUGUAUGGUCGUGGUGCCACUGAUUGUAAAAACGUGUUAGUCUCAAUCAUGGAGAGCUUGGAGCUUUUAGUCAAGCUGGGAUUCAAGCCCGAGAGAGGAAUCAUUGCCGCUUUUGGUCAAGACGAAGAAGUAUCUGGCCUCCUUGGAGCCCAUAAAAUUAACGAAUACUUGAUUGAGAGAUUUGGUGAGAAGUCUAUUUACGCCAUUAUUGAUGAAGGGACCUUCGUUAUGAGGAACCCAGUCACAAAGAAUCUUAUUGGUCUUCCUGCUACCAGUGAGAAGGGAUACAUUGAUAUGGCUGUUGAACUCACCCAGCGUGGUGGGCACUCCUCCAUGCCACCAGACCAUACCGCCAUUGGUAUUAUCUCCGAAUUGGUGGCUAAAAUCGAGGCCGAGCCAUUUGAGCCACUUCUCACUACAGCGAAUCCAUCCUUCGAGUUCCUUCAAUGCACAGCUGCUCACGAUCAUGAGGGAAUAUUGCCCAAGUUUUUCAGACAGCUGGUGUUACGUGCUGGUUACGACAAGGUCGCCAACUCGAUUGUUGUCAAGGCUUUGUCCCUGAACUUGGUCACUCGCUACUUGAUCAGAACUUCUCAAGCCGUUGACAUCAUCAAAGGUGGUGAGAAGAUGAACGCCUUGCCUGAAAAUGCAAAGAUUAUGGUCAAUCACAGAGUCGCUGUCGAGACAAGUUUGGAAGAUAUUCAGGCCAAGUUCGUCAAGAGAGUGAGCGAGGUUGCUAAGAAGCAUGAUAUCGGUCUCGUUGCAUUCGGUGAGCAGGUGCUUGAGCCUACUUUGAACGGCCAAUUCGAAGUCAAGAUUCAAGGACGAUACACCAGAACUGCUCCAGUGACCCCAACUGGAGAUAGGCUCUGGCAGAUUUUGGGUGGUGUCACCAGACAUAUUAUUGAAGACUUCGUGUUUACUGACCUUGACCAACCACUUGUGGUUUCUCCUAGUAUCAUGCCUGCCAGUACAGACACUAGACAUUACUGGAACUUGACUGACCAUAUCUAUAGGUACAGUGCAAUGUACGUGGAAGAUUUCAAGACACUUAACAUUCACAGUGUGGAUGAGAAUGUCCCUAUGAAAUCACACGUUCAAUUGAUUGCGUUUUUCUACGAGUUUAUCCAACUGGUUCUGGAAAACAAAUAG